AUGAAGGAGAAGUGCUCACAAGAUGUGAAGAUAGAUGACAUGGAGGCUCAGGUAUUCAAGGCACUGCUCCGUUUCAUCUACACCGACACUGUGCCUGAAUUUGAAAAUCAAGAGGACAGCGUGACGUUGAUGGCGCAACAUCUAUUUGCUGCUGCUGACAGGUAUGGACUUGACAUGCUCAAGCUCAUAUGUUCUGAUAAUGGCAUCAACGUCAACACGGUGGCAACGACGUUGGCUUUAGCAGAGCAGCACAGCUGUUCGCAGCUCAAGGCGAAUUGUGUGGACUUUAUCAUUAGUACUCCAACAAUUCUUGAUGCCGUGUUGGCGAUGGAUGGGUAUAAGCAUCUGGCGUCAAGCUGCCCUUCGGUGGUGACUGACCUUCUCAAGUCUGCGUGCAGCAGAAAGAUUUGA